AAGUUACCUUAUUAAUGUCCUCGGAAAUUCAGGAAAUGCAUUGCCGACUCCACUCCUUCACGAACUCUCAUCCUCAUCCGUCACCGCAUUUGAGUCGGGUAUUUUUCAAGCAAGAGGGAUCUCCGCACUAGCGCUAUCAAUCGCGACGCUUGUCUGUACUAGCCGGAAUAACACCACUGGUUGUUCUCUGUGCCAGAUUUCGAGCCUUCGUAAAGCUUCCAUUUACACUCAUACACGACUUAUUUCUUCGACGUCUUGAUCAAGCGCGAUGAAGGUCCGAAAGAAGAAUGUGUGUCAUACUUGUAGAAGACGCAAGCUCCGUUGCGACGGCAAGCAUCCGGCAUGUUCCCAGUGCCUUUCGAGCAAUCGCCGCUGCGAAGGAUAUCCCGAUAUUCUGUUUGUACCGUUUGUCUCGACUCCUCCUAUGCUAGCACCAAAAAUUUCACAUGUUCCACCGUCAUCGAAACGGACCCAGCAAUGUGCGGCACGUCCUCUGCCUCCUCUCGCUUUGCAGCCAACAUAUGCACUCACUCCUGCUCAGAUCAUCACUACUCAGGCUGAUAGCCUUGCGAAACAACUACCUUCCUUGUCGUACAACCAGUCAAUCGGCCCUUCUUUAUCGGGCACCUUGCAAGAGAAGAUCUUCUUAAUCCUUCGCAACUACGUCCCAUACAGCGAACUUCAACAUGACAUUGCGAAUGCCAUCCCAAAUUCUCCCCGGGUCUGUGGUUCAUGGGCUACAGCCCUCCCCGAACUCACCCGUGGCGCAACUGGCGCCCUCGGAGAAUGUCUGGACUCCGCGAUCAACGUCUUGGCGUUAUCCAUUACGGCCUACAGAACCGGUAAAGAGAUGUUUCGACCCAUUUCAUCCGGCUACGAGCAUACUCUUCGCCUACUACGGCGUGAUCUCCAACAGGCUGGACGGGUUUAUAAAAGCGAACAGAUUGCGACAGUGAUGUGUCUUACUCUGUUAGAGGUUCUCUCACCAACGAACCCUCACAGUUGGCUCGUGCAUGUAGAUGGCGUCAGUGAGCUGAUGCGGUCGUCAUCACCCGAGUUCUUUAGUACCAACGUACAUCACACAUUGUUCAUCGGGUUCAGACCCUUGUUGAUCCUCAAAGCUUUCAUCCUCCGCAAGGCAACGUUUCUCGUGCACGAAGACUGGAUUGAAAAGCCCUUUCAGCAUCAUCAUGCUGCACCGUUACAAAACCUCCUCAGCCUGGCGGCAACCAUACCCGGAGUUUUGGAAAAGUUUGAUAUACUGAAAGACGAGCCUCCCAACACGACUAUGGUUGCCGCCAAGGAAGCUCUUGCCGAGCUAGUGGAAAUCAGAUCAAACCUUCAGACAUGGAGCGAUUCAUUCAGUGCAGACUCCUCAGUGCCAUUGUACUGGCAACGAACACCCAAGAAUGCUAGUGAAUGUCACAAGACUUUGUUGUGGUUUCAAGACUUGAGUGGAGCCAAUGUUUUCAUUUAUUUAUGGUCCUUCCAGAUUAUCUGCUUGUCACACAUCCAAAGCCUACUAGCACGAUGCCCAGAGUUGCAAAAGCUUGAUGUCACUACACCGGAAAACACAGCAGAACUCCGGAAUUUCUGUAUCGAGUUGAGUAUUAAGAUAUAUCAAAGUAUGGAAUACGUAACGCAAGAGGGAUUCAUGCUCUAUGGACUCUUGUCGGCAGGAUUUCCAUUGUAUACGGCACGCAAGGCGAUGGAGUUGGAUGAACGUGGAAGAGCACUUCUUCAGAGGCUAGGCAAGCAUUCAUAGACCAUGGUUAUAUCCAAAGGAUCCAGUUUCUGUCCAGUUUCUAUCGGAUGUUUAUUCCAUAGAAAUACAUCCGGAGCCAACAGUUGAAUGCUAAGUGAUUGAAGC